GUUACAGUAAGACUCUUACUUUACAAUCAUGUAUAUUUAGACUUACAGCAUCGGGAUCUAGAUACGCACCAAGCCCGAGAUGAGGAAUGUAUUAUGCAGUAUAGGUAUCCUAUGCACUCUGAAAGGACAUAAAGACUCAAGUUAUGUCCACUUCCGGAUGGAUGACAGUCACCUGGGAAGAUUCUCGCUUGACGUGGACACCCGCUACAUACGGGGACAUAGAGUACAUCAUCUACACGAAGCAAAACAAGAUAUGGAAACCCGAACUUAUCAUCGACAACUCUGUUGCUGGGAUGGACCCGAUAGGCCAUGGGGAUAUAUUCUUCAAAGUCAAACACACUGGCGAGGUGCGUUGGGACCCCCCAGGACUCUACGUCACACACUGCGAUAUUGACGUUACCUACUAUCCCUUCGAUUACCAAAUGUGUCAGAUCGAAGUCACGAGUUUUGCCUUCACGACAGAAGUUCUAAACCUGAUCAAAACCAGGGAUACAGUGAACACGGAGGAUUACAAUAUGAACGGGGAGUGGAUCUUAUACACCUCACGGGUGGAAGAACAUGUUUUGGAAGAAAACGGGGAAAAGUUUCCAAAAUUGGAAUUUCAGAUUGUUUUUAAGCGGCGACCAGGUCACUACCUGACUAACAUUGUUUACCCUGUAAUACUGAUCUCUCUGUUGACAAACUUAACGUUCCUAGUGCCAGCGGAGUCCGGGGAGAAGAUAUCCUACAUCUUGACCGUUCUUCUUGCUAUGGCAGUGCUAUUGACCCUCGUGGGAGACAGUAUGCCUACAACGUCAAAACACACCGCAGCCAUAGGUGUAUACAUAUCCAUUAUACUACUGUUGGCAGCCAUGAGUAUAGUGAUUACGGUCUUAAAUCUUCGCCUGUAUAUCCGCGAAGACCAGUCGGACACACCGAAAUGGCUCCAGUGGUUAAUAUUUACCAUGCUUCUCAAGCUAAACUGCAAGAGCAAGAAAGUGGAAGAUGAAAGUUCUAACGACCAAGUGGUUUCCGUGGAUGAUGAUUUAGAAUCACAAUACGCCAAUUACGUACACAAAUCCCUGAAACCUGUAAGGAACCAACGCCCUCAGUCUCAACACGUGCUGGGGAAGAUGGGAGAUUUUCCGUUUGAAUGCAAGGAAGUGGCAGUUUUUCUGGACUUUGUCUUCUUUUAUUUGUUCAAUAUCCUCACGUUCAUUGUAACCGUGUCUUUAUUUAUAAUCAUAGCUGUAUGUGAUGUCCCUCCAAUCUAAAUUAGAAGUACCAUAUUCAAAGACCCUGGCAGUUUGUGGGAAGGAAGGUUGCUAUAUUCAAACGGUUAACAUUUUAGCACACGAAUAAUUGUGAUAGUAUAUAGUACAAUGGGUGCAUCUAAUAAAAUGAUAAUCAUUUUUAAUCUAGCGUUCUUUACGCACUGAUUUUGACUGCGGAUUAUUCCGUUAAACCUACUCGAGAACUAGGGCUCAAGGCGGGUGUAACCGGUCGACAAGGAGUGUUUACUCCUCCUAUGCACCUGAUUCCACCUUUGGUCCAGGAACCCUUGAUUGCUCAACUCUUACCUUUGUAUUCGUUAUAGGAGUUAUGGGAUCUUCACCUUUUCAUGACAUAUUAAUGGUAUGAAGAACACAAAACAAGUGAAAUUUUAAUUCCAAAAAUACUUCUGAGUGUGAGUAGACCCGUGGUUGAUAUUGUCAGGUUCGAAAUGGAUUUUACAGUUUGGGACAGAGAAUACAUAUGGGUUUUUUUUUUUUCGUUUACAAAUCCUGGCAAAAUGUAUUUUCAUUUGUAUUCUUUACCUGCAUUCAACAUGAAUUAUGGGAUUUUCUGUAACUACUCUAGUACUGGCCCAAUAAAGGCAAUAACCUGUUUUAACUCUUUGUUUUCCAAUGUGUGUUUUGUGACGUCAGUUAUAUCUUCCUAAUAAAUCUUAUUGGGCGUGAUAUUGCAGGAUAAACAAAAUGCAUCGUGAUCAAAAAUAUGAAAUUAAUAUGCAUAGCCAAGUCACGCCUUUAUCACGAUUUCUCACCUUUACCAAAUAUUACAGAUAUUUUAAGACAUUGUCCAUUUAUUUCAUAUUUAUGUAUAUUGAAGAUUCAUGUGUCAUUCAGGAUGUAUUAUCUCGUGAAAUGAAGUAGAUUGGGGUGAAUUACAUAUUUUGAUGUUAAUUAGACUUGAAUUACGUAGCUUUUGACUUUACAACAUGCCGUUUUUGUCUGUAAUAUUUUCUAUUUAUUUCGGAAGACAUUUAAAAUUGUGUAAAGUGAAUAUUUCGAUGUUAACAUAUUUACCUUCCACUGUUCUAUGCAAUUCCUUAUAUCCACCAUUUUUGCCAGCCUUCUCAACCUUUGUUUGUUGUCUGCAAUUUCAUUGGCUAAGUAACCUAAUGCUGUUUAUUUUUAGUAUCUUAUUGGUUUGUCAGUCCUAUAUAAAUCGUGAGACUCUCUCUCUCUCUCUCUCUCUCUCUCUCUCUCUCGUAAGAUCAAGAACUUAGGUUUGUGCUUUUCAAACAACUGUGUCUUCGAUUUUCGUCUUUACGUAAAGUUGGUUUUGUCAAGAUACAGUAUGUAAAAUUAACGUAGAGUUCCAAUACUACAAAAUGUAGAUAUCUUAAUAGAGUCGAGAUUUACUUUGGUUCAGGGUAGAAUUAGAUAUCCCUUUACUUAUUAUUUUUCAAUGUCCUAACUUUAGAUUUGUUUAUUAUUUUUCAAUGUCCUAACUUUAGAUUUGUUUAUUAUUUUUCUGUGUCCUAACUUUAGAUUUGUUUAUUAUUUUUCAGUGUCCUAACUUUAGAUUUUCUUAUUAUUUCGGUACACGUUUUUCGUAAUUGUGAUCUUUUAUUUCGGGUGCAUUUUACACUCCUCUCAUAUUAUAUUCAUUCAUUCUCAUUGGAAAACUUAUUUGUUACCGUAUCAAAUAUUCUUAAACCAUAUUGACUUAUGCUAUAAUAAAUGUGUAAGCUUU